CGGGAAUUGUUAAGCAGCUCGAGAUGAAACACAGCACAGAUUACAUAUAGCACAGUUCCUCUCCAUCUAAAGAACCAAAACACGAAACCACUAAACGAUAAGUUAUCGCGUAACCGCAGCCGUUGUAUGUAACUAUCUAUAUUAUUUGUACAGUACCUACAUAAUAACAAAAAUGGCACAUAUCCUACACAAAACUGGACCAGUUUACGUGAACGGAAAGAAAGCGACAGAUCAAGUUCAGUUUCCCAACACCGCUGUCUUCACCGGUUUUGCCCGUCCUUCGCGCAUCGAAGGAGAUAUAUUCGACUUGGAAAUCGAAGGGUCGAUCCCAAAGGAGAUCUCAGGAACCUUCUAUCGCGUCCAGCCUGACCAUCGCUUUCCCCCAACAUAUGAAGAAGAUAUUCACUUUAGUGGAGAUGGCAAUGUCACCGCGAUUCGUAUCGAGAAUGGCCACGCCGAUUUUAAGCAACGAUACGUCCAGACAGAUAGGUUUAAGGUCGAGACGGCGGCGCGGAAAAAUCUCUUUGGGAAAUACCGCAAUCCGUACACUGAUAGUGAGGCAGUGAGAGGAAUCCUUCGGACAGUGUCGAAUACAAAUAUCUUCUUUUGGAGAGGGACAUUGCUCGCUCUCAAGGAGGAUGGCCCUCCAUUUGCCAUGGAUCCGGUGACGCUGGAGACUAUUGGACGAUAUGAUUUCGAGGGUCAGAUUCUUGCUCCAACCUUCACUGCCCACCCAAAGAUCGAUCCGGAUACAGGUGAGAUGGUUGCCUUCGCUUACGAAGCUGGUGGAAACGGACAGGAUGCAUCCCGAGACAUUGUCAUAUGGACUAUCGACAAGGAAGGCCGCAAGACGGAAGAGUGUUGGUACCAGGCGCCGUUCUGCGGGUUCAUCCAUGAUUGCACGAUCACCAAAAACUACGUGAUUCUCCCUCUGACGCCGCUCAAGGUAUCACUUGAUCGGCUUCGUGAGGGAGGAAAUCAUUUCGCGUGGGAUCCGAACGAGAACCAAAUCUAUGGCGUUUUCCCUCGCCGCAAUGCAAAGCCAGAAGAUGCAAGAUGGUAUCGGGGUCCAAAUGCCUUCCAGGGCCAUUUUGCCGGCAGCUAUGAGGAUGAAGAUGGGAAUAUAGUAGCGGAUCUCACAGUUGCAAAUGGCAACGUAUUCUUUUUCUUCCCGCCAGAUCCAAAGCUCACUCCCCCGUCACCAGCAGCUGAAGCCGAGGAGAGGAAGGAGAUCAAAUCUCCAACGACCCGUUGGGUGAUCGACCCCAAAUUACCGUCCGACACGCUCAUUUAUCCACAGAUGGAUCUGGAUAAUUCCGGUGAAUUCGCGCGCAUUGACGAGAGGUUUAUGGGAAAACGAUACUCCCACUUCUGGCAGCUACUCAUUGAAGGCACCAGACCUUACGAUGGUGCAAAAUGUGGCUCACCGGCCGGCGGGCUGUUUAACUGCCUCGGUCAUUUUAACUGGGACACAGGCGAACGUGAUGUGUGGUUCGCCGGGCCAACCUCGACUCUUCAGGAGCCUGUUUUCAUUCCCAAGAAAGAAUCCCAAGAAGAAGGAGUCGGAUGGGUUAUUUGUUUCGCUAACCGUCUCGAUGAAAUGAGGAAUGAUAUCUUGCUCUUCGACUCGUUGAACGUCGCCCAGGGCCCUAUUGCUAUCAUCCGUCUCCCAAUGAAACUCGGGCUUGGUGUGCAUGGGAAUUGGGUCGAUCAGGACGAGAUCGAAGCAUAUGCCAAACGUCGUGCUAGUGGAGGAGAUCUAGGAUCGUUGAAACCCGCCGAGCAGCCUCUUCCCUGGCAACGAAAUGCCGUUUUGCCUUGAUGAGAUACAUUGAUCUGAUUUAUGAAAUAGCCCGUGAGAGUGGUGGAGAUUGAUACGUAAUUUACUGGCCGCGGGGCGGUCGUACAAUAAUUUCACAACAGAAGGACAUCUCAUGUCUAGUCCGUUUCCAGUUCACAAGAACUAUGCAGCCCUAUAUAUAUCCUCGUGUAGAUUAAUGGACCGACUCGAGCGUUGAUCUACGUGACGUCUACCCGUAAGUCUGAGUGCGUUUUCACCCCGGC